AUGGAAAUGCCCAGGACACAGGCCAAGGGGAUUAAUGAGAGGCCCCAUUCAACGAGGUUCGCUGAGGAUGCGAGACUGAAUGUUCCCAGCAAUGAGAUGAUGCAGGGCCCGUGGAACGUUUCCGUCAGAAAGGAGAAAGAGCUCUUUCCUAUCGAACUGACCCCUAUUUCCGACUUGAACCAAGAAGAUAUGCAUACGCCAACAGCAAUCAACCAUAAUAUGGGUAGUGUUGCCCACGCCAUCAUUUCGGAGCCUAUUUCGGCGCAUUGGGUAGAUGACUGGUGUAACAAUAUUUGCGUGAGAAGCGCAAGAGAAACUAUCCCAACUGCUUUGUCCACCUGGACGAACGGAUUCUUUGCGAACAUGGCGUGA